AUGGAACUCGACGACUCGUUCAUAAUGCUCGGAACAUUCGAGGCUUCCGAUGGCGUGCGGAUGUUCGCGUUCAGCCUCACCCUGCUGCUGCUUGUCGUGACCGUGACGGCGAACCUGCUGGUGCUCGCGAUCGUGGCGGCACGCACGCAGCUCCACGUGCCCAUGUACGUGUUCAUGUGCAACCUGUUAGUGGCCGACGUCGUGGGCGGCGCGGUGAGUUUCCCCCAGCAGCUGUACGUCUUUCUGACGGGCGACCUGCGGAUCUCGCGCGCGUCCUGCAUCGCGCAGAUGUUUUGGAUCAACGUGUUUGUCGAUUUGGAGAGCCUCACGCUGGCCGCCAUGUCCUUGGACCGCUACGUGGCCAUUUGUCACCCGCUGCGCUACCACGCCGUCGUGACGGGCAGACGGGCAUUGCUCGCCGUGGUGACGACUUGGUUCAUCACGGUGGCCGUCCUCGUACCCGACACGAAGGUUCAGGAAAUAUUCGGAUCGAGCGCAUUGUUUGUGUUCAUCGCUUUGCCGCUGUGUGUUAUCGCCUACACUUAUUUUAGAAUCAUUCGUGCGUGCAAGCGGACAGGGCAGAGCGAGUUCAAGAGAAAGGCAGUGCACACGCUGCUCACCCACUUCCUGAUGCUCGCGAUGUUUUUCGUCGCGUGUUUCGUAUCGACCAUGGUGCCACGUCUGGUCAAGGACUAUCAAUACUCGCAGAUCAAAAACCUGCGAUGCGGUGUUCAGUUGGUUACCUUCAUCAUCCCCAUCGCUAACGUCAGCAUUUACUUCGUCAGGAACAAGAAGCUAAGGAGAGAGAUGGUGAAAUGCUUUAAGCAGAUUAAUCCCAGAGGAGUCGGUCGUUCGAGGUCGCACAAGGUGUGCAACAUAUCGCCCGGUAAACAAUCUCCGCACGGGGAGAUUGUUCCAUAA